ACCACGUUACGUCAACAGGAAACGCGAUGUAAACACAGAAAAACAACUUCGCACUCAUCGUCUCGGUUAGUUUUCGGCUGUUAAGGCGGACUGAGUGUGCGUCUGUGCCGUCGCCGCCGUCUUUAGGCCGCGGUUUGUCUCUUCUCGGAGCUGUUAGCUGGCUGUGGCUAACCCGAGCAGCUGCCAGCACGGUAGCGUCCAACAAAAUGGAUGAUAACAAGAUGGUGGCUGGUAAAGUGAAGAAACCUGGCAAACGAGGCCGCAAACCUGCUAAAAUUGACCUGAAGGCCAAACUGGAGCGAAGCCGCCAGAGCGCGAGAGAGUGCAGAGCGAGGAAGAAGCUGAGGUACCAGUACUUGGAGGAGCUGGUUUCCAGUAAGGAGCGAGCCAUCUGUGCCCUGCGAGAGGAGCUGGAGAUGUACAAGCAGUGGUGUUCAGCCAUGGACCAGGGGAAGAUCCCCUCAGAGAUCAAAGCCUUGCUGACCGGAGACGACCAGAAAAUGCCUCAAGGCGGCGGCAGCAACAAGACGUCCAAGAGCAACAAGAACAGCGUGAGCAGCAGCGGUCAGGGCUGAAGCUGAGGACGGAGACGGAAGAGACGACGAAACAGCACAGAGUUCGUUAGUAGUCGCAGGAUGACAACCUCCUUAUUUUCUAACAUGUAACCUUUGACACGUUAAGCUGCUCUUACAUAGCUGAUCCCUGAUCAGUUUAAGCUUCAGCACACAUUUUCAUCUGUCUGUCCUCCAUCAGUCGCUAAUGAAUCACCUCAAAAUACUCACUUUAUGAAAUGACCCAUCCUGAAAGUCGACCUGAACCCCCGUGUCUCUGUGGGGUUACGUUCGAUCACCAGAAACAGGACGAUGGGAAAACAAAAUGAAUUCUAGUGGAGGUUUGACUGCAGGUGGACUUUUGGUUGCUAAAGACGUGAAUAAACUGUGUUUGAGAUGGUCGGGAAUUUACAGUUUGGUGUUGGAAAAAUGCUAACUGGUUCACUCAACAAUAAUCGUGCAAACCAAAACAAGUGACGUGAAUUUUCCCAAAAUAAAAUCGAGAUGAAGGUGACUUUCACUUCUUCGUGCUUGCAGUGAAAGUGCACCUGACAGGUUUCCCUCCCUGUUUGUGUGUCCACAGCGUUUAAAAGGUUUACUUUUAAGGUUAGUCAGACUUUAGAUUUUAGUACUUAUUGUGAUUCAUCUGUCACGUUGUUAAAUGUGUGUGGUUUCAGUUUAAUCUUGUUUUCCUGGCUUUUGCUGCCCUUCAUGAUGUAUUUAUACACAUCUUAAAUGUGACUGAUUAUGUCCAAACAGUAAGACGUCCUUCCUGUUGUAACAUUAAAGUAGAAAUCACAAGAGGGAGGACAAAGAAUCAAAAUGUACAGCGAUGAGGAUGGAUAUAUUUUUGUAUUUGUAUUUUGUACCUGCUCAGUUUGUUGGCUGUUUCAGCACAGCGAGUUGGACUUUACUUCCUGUCUGAGCCGACGGCUUCGUCAGGGUGAAACGGCAGCAGUGACAGCAGCUUCUCGUUCGCUUGUUUCAUGUCUGACUGACAUUUUUUAAGCUCUUUGGUUUUGUCAGCGAUGUGACGAAAAUGUGCGCACUUUGUUAAAUUUGGAAGAAGCACUUUGUGAUGAUUGUAGGCUGAGGCUUUGCUACAGAAUCUGUCUGAAAUGUUUCUCAAAGCAAAUAAAUAAAAGUGUUUAACUGA